AUGAAAAGUAAAACCUUAAAGAUUGUAGCCGUGACACGUUCAGCGGCCAACAGUAAAGGCAAGGGAUCCCAAUGGAAAAGGAAAGGCAAAACAUUAACCACGCAAAUGAACUCUCAAGGAACUUCUGCAGAUUCUUGUUUUCCUGCCGCUAUUCCUAUUAUGGAUAAUGAUUAUAGUGAUAAUCAUAUUACGAUGAAUGCAGCAAUAUGUGAGGAAGUGGUGUUGACGACGGUGAGGGAGGCACCAGAUGGUGAGGGUUUGUUUUUGCAGGAGGACUCUGAAAUGGAGAUGAGUAUAGAUGACAGAACAAACGAAAAGAGAGAGGAACUUCACCUGAAUGAGAUUGAAGUUGGUGAAAGUACUCCACAGAAGUCACACAGAGGUUCAAAGUCUAGCAAAAAAGGAAAGACGAUGAUUACAAAUGAGAAUGUUGAGACAAAAAGGAAGGCAUCUGUAUUUCGUCAGUCUUUGAAGAAAGGGAAACCAAAACAACAAGCAAAGACUCCAAGGAAAAAGUCUGUCGCUUUGGAUGGCGUAAACGCAAAUAGUAUAAAAACAAAAGACGUGGUAAUGGAUAAAUUAGAGGGAGAAGCCAACAGCAACAAUAAUAAUAAUAAUAAUAAUAUGUCUACAGAGCAGAAAAAACAGCAAGAAGAAGGAGAGCAACAACAAAAACAAGAAACCCGCCUGAUGGAAUCAAAGGGAGGAGCUCCUGUUCAGAUGCAUAUCAUCUCCCAUAGUAUUGCCGCAAUGCAGAAGAAUGGAAAACUCCGUAGUGUGAGUGGACUUCCCUCACCAUCCCUCCGCGGCUGCUCGACCACUGCGUCCUGCGCUACCACUCCCAAGUCUCCCUAUAAACAACCCGAAGAGGAAAAAACGAGAAAUUCAAGUGGUGGUGAUGGAAAUGGAGAUGCGGCCGCAGAGAAGAGUGCGAGUGUGGCCCCAUCACCGAUACAGGAACCACCAGAGAAGUCACAGCAGCGGUACUCUGUAGAGCCACCACCCACCAUUCCACGGGAGAGCCGCAAAGAAACCACAACAACUACAACUACUACUACUACUACUACUACUACUACUAAUACCAAUAAAGUAACAACAUCACCACCACCGCCACCAUCACUAUUAUCACAAAUGUCAUUUAAUUCAGCACGGGCGCCUUCUGCACCACCUCUUGGUCCACCUUUCCGUACAUCAGAUCCUAAUGCCUCUGUCGGCGUGUGUACCACACACACUUCACUAGAGGACGCACUUGACGGACUUCAAACGAGUGAUAUUCUCUUUCCAACACGGCAAUUACUCACGCGCAGUUUGGCAUCACCGGCAGAGAAGGAACGAACUGCUACCAUUGUGUUUGAUCUUGAUGAGACACUCUGCAACAAUCGCGGUCACGGUCCGGCAAUUCUUCGCCCAGGCGCAGUGGAGAUGUUGCGACGACUACGAGCUCUCUAUCCACAUCCGCAGUUACACCCACGUGAUACACCUCUGCAGUCAUACGUUGGUGGAAGAUAUGGAAGGAAACCAACGGGCCGAAAUGAGAACAAUAAUAAACAACAGGGAUCAACUAACACCACCACUACAAGAGGAGGAGGAGGAGGAUCAGUUUCAUAUUCCGCAUCUUCUUCUUCAUCUGCUGUUAAUUCUGAUGGAGGGACACUGCGUUUGGAAAUUAUUAUAUGGACCGCAAGUGUGGAGGUGGUGGCUCGUCCUGUUAUUGCUCGCCUGGACCCAGAUGGUACAAUAUUGGAUGAUGUUAUUUACAGAGAUGUACGAUGGUAUCGUGAGGGUGGAUAUACAAAAGAUUUACGUCGUAUUGGUAGACACUUGACUCGCAAUAUCAUUGUAGAGAAUGCCCCUUCUUCUGUUACGUUAAAUCGACGUAAUGCCAUUCUUGUAAAUGAUUUUGUUAACAAUAGCACGGAUCGUCAACUUUUUAUAGUUCAUGCCAUACUUCAGGAAUGGCUGGAAAACGUCAAUGCCCUUGUGCUCUUUAGGCAUUUUCAACAAUUAGAACAGAAACAACGACAGCGGGUUCAACAGGAUGGCGGGGAAACACCGGAACCGGAUCAACUGGCGCCGGCAACAGUCGUGGCCCAAACCCGCAGUGGCUCCACACACAGUUCACUUUCAAGAAGCCGUGGAGAUAUUUCACGUACAUCUUCCACCCUCUUUCCCGCCGGUGGUGUUUCCCUGCAGGAAUUGGAAUUGCGAGCCUCCGCCAUUCACUUUCUCACACAACACCCGUUUCUCUCACCAGGCACACGUUAUGUGCGGCCCUCCGCAUGGAAACAGGCACUGAAGUGUAUUAGUGAAAAUACAACAACAACAGCAACAAUAACAACAGGAACAACAACGGGUAAAGCCGCAGGAAUAUCAAUAUCACCUACGAAAAUAACACCUACCAAAACCACAGAAGGAACAGGGGAAGAAGGAGGAGGAAAAAAUACAAUAAUCACUUCAAUCACAUCAACUACAAACACAAACACAACUAUAAAGGGAAUGGGAGGAGUACAUGGAAGGAAUUUGUUGAGUGCAACAACGGCCACUCCAUCUCGUCCUGUUGUCAUUGCGAGACCGCGUGGACAUCGUUUGUUUGCCGAGAUGGGACGAGGGCCACGUGAGGUGCGCUAA